CCGGUACCCAGGGAUCCGCUGCCCGGUGCUUAGGGACCCCGAGAUCCGCUGCCCAGCGCAGACAUGCUCCCCGCUUGGUGCGUUCUGGUCCUGGUGGUCUCGUGGGCCCCGGUCUCCAGUGGCCCCGUCUCUGUUCCGCUGACCGGACCGGAUCUGUCAGAACUCGGGCUGCACUUGGGAUGGCGGAACCUGACGUGCGCCUCGUGCAAGAUCCUGUUCACUGUGCUGGACGUCAGCCUGCGGACGGAGAAGAACAUGGAGCUGGUGGCGUCGCUGGCGGAGAAGGUGUGCGUGGAGCUGCGCAUGGAGGGGCCCGACGUUUGCCAUCAGGCGGUGCAGCUCUUCAAGCGCGAGGUGAUCACCGCCUGGGUGCUGUCGGUGCUGCGCCCGUCAGAGAUCUGUGGGCUGUUGGUGGGCGCCAGCUGCGGGCGCUGGGACAUCUACUCCGACUGGAACGUUUCCCUGCCCCGGACCCCCAAACCCCCGGUUACCCCUCCGACCCCCCCAGCGCCCGGCGCCAACAUCUCCCGGGUCCUCUUUCUGACCGACAUUCACUGGGACAGGAGCUACACCCCGGGCGCCCCCCCGGUCUGCAAGGAGCCCCUGUGCUGCCGCGGGCCCCCGUCAGGACGCGGCAAGGGCGCGGGGUACUGGGGGGAGUAUGGCGCCUGCGACCUGCCCCUCCACACCAUCGAGUCUCUCCUGCGCCACGUCGCCACUCAGGGGCCCUUCGACCGCGUUUACUGGACGGGCGACAUCCCGGCUCACAAUGUCUGGCAGCAGACGCGCGGGGAGCAGCUGAACGCGCUGGAGACCAUCACCGGCCUCAUCCGGAAAUACCUGGGCCCCGUGAAAGUGUACCCCGCGGUGGGCAACCACGAGAGCGCGCCCGUCAACAGCUUCCCCCCGCCCUACGUGCGCGGCAACCUGUCAUCCAGCUGGCUGUACGAGGCCAUGGCCACAGCGUGGGCACCGUGGCUCCCCGAAGGUGCGCUGAGGACGCUGCGAGCGGCCGGGUUCUACACGGCCAGGAUCGGCCCCAAGCUUCGCCUCGUGUCCCUCAACAUGAAUUUCUGCGCCACGGAAAACUUCUGGCUCCUGAUUAACUCGACGGACCCCGCGGGGCAGCUGCAGUGGCUGGCGAACGUGUUACAGGACGCCGAGGACCACCGGGAAAAGGUUCAUAUCAUCGGCCACAUCCCUCCCGGGGUCUGUGAGAAGACCUGGAGCUGGAAUUACUACCGGAUCGUGAACAGGUAUGAGGGCACCAUCGCCACCCAGCUUUUUGGACACACUCACCUGGACGAGUUUGCGGUUUUCUACGACGAGGAGACGCUCUCGCGCCCGGUGUCCGUGGCCUUUAUUGCUCCGAGUGUCACCACUUACAUCAACCUAAACCCAGGAUACCGCGUCUACCUGAUUGACGGAGAAUACGAGGGGAGCUCCCACAUGGUGCUGGACCACGAGACCUACAUUCUGAACCUGACCGAGGCCAACGCUCGGGGCCACGAGGAGCCGCGCUGGACUCUCCUGUACAGAGCCCUACAGACCUACGGCAUGAAGUCCGCGUUCCCGGCCGCCUGGGACGAGCUCAUUGGCCGCUUCCUGAAGGACGAACGCCUUUUCCAGACCUUCUGGUAUUUAUACCACAAGGGCCACGUGGAGGAGGUCUGCAAGGAGUCGUGUAAGACCACCGUCCUGUGCACCCUCCGCUCCGGCCGCUCCAGCGACCCGCAGCUCUGCAAGGAUUUGGGGAGUACGGCCCCCGCGGACUGGAAGCCCAAGCGCUUCUGCUGAGACCCAGAGGGCCCCUCGUUGGGGUUUCACAAGAU